AUGGCUUAACUGCAUGCUAUUUUCUUUUUUGUUCAUACUGCACGAUAAAGCAUAAUUGUUUUUUCCGGCCGUGUUAAUUGAUGAAGAAUAAAUAAACAGUUUACGAAAUGCCAUUGCUGCGAAAAGGUUUCAGCGAGGUAAAGAGAAAUAAGUAGCCGACCGCAGCCCUUCACUUCCAGGUCACAUGCUAGUCAAGCUGGAUCACCUGACUAUAUCAUCCAGCUUCUCCUUUUGAUGCUCUUCGGGGUUUCCUCCUGCUGCUGCAUCGACGGAUAGCGUCUCUGAAACAGUAAUAUUUAGUUGUUUUGGCUGUACUGGCUUCAAAUUUUAAAUUUGAGCCGAGGAUAGCUUGCUGAUAUAGCAGGAAACCCCGCCGAAUAGAUGCUGUUAGAGUGGAUGAUGAACGGACACGCCAUUCUUUACACGGGGGUCACUUUGGCCUUCUGGAGCACCAUACUAAUCGUUGGUAUCUGCUAUACCAUAUUUGACCUUGGAUUUCGCUUUGAUGUGGCAUGGUUCCUCACAGAGACUUCUCCUUUCAUGUGGGCCAAUCUGGGCAUUGGCUUGGCCAUCUCUCUGUCCGUGGUUGGAGCAGCUUGGGGCAUCUACAUCACUGGCUCCAGCAUCAUUGGUGGUGGUGUCAAGGCUCCUCGAAUUAAAACCAAGAAUUUGGUCAGCAUCAUCUUCUGUGAAGCUGUAGCGAUCUACGGUAUCAUCAUGGCUAUUGUCAUCAGCAACAUGGCUGAGAACUUCAGCGGAGAUACCCCUGAGACCAUCGGAGCAAGGAACUAUCAAGCUGGUUACUCCAUGUUUGGAGCCGGUUUGACUGUGGGCUUUUCCAACCUCUUCUGCGGCAUCUGCGUCGGCAUCGUGGGCAGCGGAGCAGCGUUGGCAGACGCCCAGAACGCCAGCCUCUUUGUGAAGAUCCUCAUCGUGGAAAUAUUUGGCAGUGCUAUCGGCCUGUUUGGUGUCAUCGUAGCCAUUUUGCAGACAUCAAAAGUAAAGAUGGGAGACUAGAAGAUGCGUUCACAAGCUGAGAAGACACUGCUGGAAAAUAAGAUGGAUUAUUGUGUAAAUACAUCGUAAAUUAUUUAAAUGUCUCUAUUUGCCUGGUAUUGUUUUUAACCAUCAUUCACGGAAGAGUGGUUCAUGAUAUAACUCUGUUUUUCAUGCACAUUCUUACUUUUUAGUUUUGUUUAUACAAACCAGUGAACACUCAAUCGCUCUCAAAAUUUAAAGACAGGUUGGAACAUUUUCAAAACAUUUUUUCUGACCUCUCUCGGUGAACGAUAGUUAAAAAUUACACUAGAGUAUUUGAAAAUAUUUGUGUGUGUGCGCGUGUGUGUGUGUAUGCUGGACACGUGAUCUGUUUUGGUUUUUUUUUUUCUUUCUUUUUCUUCCUGUGAAGCAUGAGCGUGUUUAUCAUUGUGUUUAUUACUGUAGCCUGGUCUGUCAAAGGUUUUGUUUUGUUUUUUUAACUGUUUUUUUCUUUGCUAAUAAGCAAGUAGCCCUUAAUCCACACUGUGGCCCAAAUACAGUAUUUGUCAGACCUCCUACUGUAGAAGUGAUGGAGAAUCUAUUAAGUUUUGAAUUAGAGUUACCAGUCUGGAAACACUAGGAAUGUCAGAGGACAGAUGGACAGACUAUUCGGCAGAAGAUCACAGCAGCAUAUCUGCUCUAAAUAUGUCAUAAGUUCCCCAAAACAUUAUGACACUAUGAUGUGAUCCUCUUGGUCAUAGCUGCCAGAGUCUCCUCUAAUUUUGGAGUUCAGUUUUAACAAGGUUGUUAUCCCUUUUCGGUAGUUUUUACAAGAAUGAUUUGAACAAAAACUUUAUUGUUCAGUGUUUUCUUGUAGGGAGACGAAAUUGUAGAAAAUAACUAUUAUUUUAACACUUAACAGAUCAUUUCCCAAAGUGUUGUGCAUUAAGAUCUGUCAGCUUCAAGGACAUGACCUAAGCAUGGAGCUGGCUUUUAGGAAACCUUAGGUCACUCUGUUAUAAGCCAUUAAUAGUCAUUUUAGAGGGCGUCACAAUUACUGGUAUUACCGAAUACUCAAGAUUAACUUUUCAAAUUUGCUGUAGCAUCUCCAUCACUGAACCACAGGUCUUUAGAGAAAAGAACUUCGUAUAGACACAGUUGUUUCAUGCAAUCUCAGGUGGUCUGGCACCCAAAACUCUUUCCUUGUUUACAAAAAAAAAAAACUCAUCCUACAAAUCUUAUCACAUUAGUUUCUGUCUUCUUUUGAAUGUACAUCACCGCAGACAUUUGAGUAUUGCUCUAAAUGUUAUCCGUUCAAAUCUAUGCCCCCAAAUUAUUUUGUAACAUUCCUUAAAGAGGCUAAAUGUGUGUAAAACGAAUAUGUCCUGUACGUCGGUGGUGUGAAUCUGAAUGGUGGACAAAAUUAGACUCCUGCUACAUCUUUAUAUGUAAUUUUUUUUUCCAGCUGAUGUGUUUACAGUGUUUCAUCCUGUUAAUGCUGACUUGUAAAUCUUAGUUUUUUUGAAGCAUGUGGACCUUUGGGAUGGCAGCUGACGGUAGAAAAAAAAAAAAGCUGAUGUAGGCAGUGAGAGCAAAACGCUGCAAUACUGAGUCUAAUUUGUAGUCUAAUGUUUGAUGGUGACACAUAUGGAAACACAUUUGCUCUUUAGUCUUCAUUCCAUAAGUUGGACAUUUUACAAUGACAGACCACGGCUGAUUGUGAAUCGUCUCAAAUCUUUCCUUGUAAUUUUUCCUUGACCCCGACUUGUGAAGUUCUGAAAGAGAGUAUAAACGUUGAAACUAAUGUGGGGGAAACUGGAUCGUCUUAAAUGUACUCCAAGAUGCCUUUGGUAAAUCAGGCUCUGUACCAAACCCCAGGCUUUCAGUGAGUGUAGUUGGUACUGUGUGUGCAUUAUGUUGAUGUGAUGGUGAUCAGAAAACAACUCAUUGUUUUUGACAUUGUGUAUAAUAAUAACAAAAACAAAUCUUCCUUCUGGCUUCAUAAAUGUCCUUGGAAAAAAAUAAAAUCGUCCAAUCAAGA